CUGGAUGUCGUAGAUGUGAUUGUUGCUCCAACCUCAUCAGGGAAAACCUACGCCUCCUACUACUGCAUGGGGAAAGUCCUGCGGGAGAGCGAUGACGGAGUGGCCGUGUACGUUGCGCCCACAAAGGCUCUGGUUAACCAGGUGGUGGGAACUGUCUACAAUUUGUUUACUAAAGCACUGCCGAAAGGCUCAGUGGUGUGUGGAGUUUUCACAAGGGAUUACCGCCACGACACCUUGAACUGUCAGAUAUUAGUAACAGUGCCUCAGUGUUUGGAAUUACUCUUGCUAUCACCUCAUUAUCAGAAAUGGACAGAAAGAAUGCGCUAUGUCAUAUUUGAUGAGGUUCACUGCCUUGGGGGAGAAGUUGGAGCGGAAGUGUGGGAACAUCUCCUUGUUAUGAUUCGUUGUCCCUUUUUGGCCCUUUCUGCUACUAUCAGUAACCCUGAGCAUCUCACUGAGUGGUUGGCGUUAGUUAAAGGAUAUUGGCAACGUGUUGAAAGCACAAUGGAAAAUGCUGAUCCAUCAAGAAAUGCCUUAAAAAGCUCAAAGAGACAACAACGAACAAGAGUGGGAAAGCCAUCGUACAAAGUUAGACUGGUGUGUUACAAAGAACGAUACAACGAUCUAGAAAAGUAUGUGUGUUCUCUAAAGGAUAACGAUUUUGUCAUUGCACACUACCACCCGUGCGCUGCACUCACAGUCAACCAUAUAGAGAAGUAUGGAGUCCCUGCAGACCUUCAGUUUUCUCCUCGGGAAAGCAUACUUCUGUAUGAUGCUAUGGUACACAUUUGGCCAGAACGGUCAAGAAUGCAGGAGUUAGAACCUGAAGAAUUCAGCUGCUUCAAAAAUAAAGUAGUCAUCAUGAGGACAGAUGCCAAGAAAUAUGAAGAGGAACUGAAAAAGGAACUGCUUAGUUGGAUGCAGCUGGACCCAGGCAAGGUGAACCAGUUACUGCAGUACCUUAAGCCUCAAACUUUUGACAGUGCAAGAAUUGAAAAGGAACGAAUGCUUCCUUGUUUUGUGGAAAAACUUAAAGAAAUGGAUAGGCUACCAGCAAUAUUUUUUUCAUUCAACAUUCACUCAGUGGAAAGGUCAGCUUCACGCCUUCUUACUAAUAUGUUGAUGAGACAAUAUACUCAUAGUCACAACUCUGAAGGAGAGAAGAAUUUAAACAGGAAACUGGAGAAAGCAAUUAAGUCUCAAAGGAGAAUGUACGCUGCUUAUUUACAUUCAAAUUCAACUGCUCGAAUUCAGAGAUUGAUUUUAUGGGACGCUGAAAUAAAGGAAAUAAAGAAGAGUCUUAAAAAGAGUAAAGAAGUUCCUCCGGACUGUACUUAUGUUGAUCGAGCAGGUGUGGAUAGCAAGACUUUCAGGAAGAUUGUAUCCAGGCUGAGAUGGACAAGAGGAGGCUCUGGUCUGAUCAGGCUGUUACAGCGGGGCAUUGGCUACCAUCAUGGUUUAAUGGAGUACAAACAGAGACAAGUUGUUGAGACCCUUUUCAGACUGAAGCACGUCAAGGUAGUGACAGCUACAUCAUCCCUUGCUUUGGGAAUUAAUAUGCCCUGUAAAACCGUUGUUUUUACAGAAGACUCUGUUUAUUUGGAUGCUCUGAACUUUCGACAGAUGUCUGGGCGUGCAGGAAGGCGUGGAGAAGAUCUUAUAGGAAGUGUGAUCUUCUAUGAUAUUCCAUUACCCAAGAUAGACCGGCUCUUGAAGUCUGAUGUGCCCAAGCUGAAGGGUCAGUUUCCCCUAAACAUCACCUUGGUUCUCAGACUCAUGCUGUUGGUUGCCAAAGCAGAUGACAAAGAGGAUGCCAAAGCAAAGGCAUUGUCGCUGCUCCAGUAUUCCUUGAUGUCCUUCAAGCGACCAAAGGUCAAGUGCAUGUUAAAAUUUUACUUCAUAUAUUCUUUGCAAUUCUUGAUCAGAGAGGGAUACCUGAAUCAAGAAUGUGUUCCCGUUGGAUAUGCUGGCCUUGUGUCCCACCUGCACUACCACGAACCUUCAAACUUUGCUUUAGUAAGCAUGCUGGUGAAAGGUCUGUUUCACAAGCUGUGUGUUCCAGUCAUCGUAGAUGGCAAAAAGACAUUUUCUGAAGAUGUGAUGGAAACCUUGGUGGUGGUUUUAGCGCAUCUUUUUGGAAAGAGAUACCUUCCUCCCUGUGCGAAAAAGUUUAAGAAGGUGUUUUCUCAUUCAAUGGUGUUCCUCCGCCAUCUUCCAGAGGACUUCGCUGCUGCAGUGAAGGAGUACAAUGCCAGGAUUCGGAAGAGCUUUGGUUCCUUCCUCCUGACCGUUUCUAAGCUGGCUGAUGGGAGCCAGGAAUACCGACUCCCUCUUUCAGAAAUAGACUUUUCGGGUAAAGAGUGUGAAGACUCUGAGCUGGUGUCUCAUCUGAUGCCCGGGACUGAGAGCAGAUCUGCUGUCUCCCCAUUUGCUUGCCUGUCCAAUAUCACGGAUCAGGAUUUGUUUGGUGUUCACCUGACAAAUGACGCUAUCUUACGAACACUCAGUGUGGAUGUCAGCAAUGUUCCUCUCCUUUGCUUGUACAAACGGGAUCAAAGUGGCCGGAAGUAUUUUUUGAAUGCCUAUGCACUGGACUUCUACAAGCAUGGUUCCUUGUUCUCACUGGCUUCAGACAACUGGUUGAACAUGGGCGAUGCUUUUCACUUAAUCAGAGACUUCAUACUGACCAUUCAGUCCAUCAGAAUUUCACUAAGUGAGCUGUGCGGUGAUGAGAAUGACAAUGUUGUGUUAGCGUUUCAACAACUGAGUGAUGCCUUCAGUAAGAAACUUUGGAAACGAAGAUGACGCUGUCUGUGUUAAACCGGGCCCUAGGAACUUCCUGGAAGAUGAAGACGGCUAAGAGCUCCCUGUGCCUUAGCGCUUCAGGAAAGAGGCUUGCAAAUGGCUGUGCAGGAACCACCCUUUCCCAUAAGACUCUGAUAAGACACCCAGCAUUCCCUCGCUUCCCUGUGCCAAUGCUUGAUUCUCCCUCCAAAUUCCCAUUCAUGUCUCCCAAAAAAGCCAGCUGAUGUGUUUUCUUCCCUAAGCAAUCUGGACGUAAUAGCAGUUACCUUGACCUGCUCCUGCUUGACCUUGACCUGCUCCAACUUUACUCAGGAUUCUUCCCUCCUCACAGGGGUCCUGAACGUGGCCCACCCUCAGACUAAGCCCCGCUGAGUGGCCUCUCCUUAAACAGCUCCCCAGUGACACCUCAGAUGAUUGUCCCCGAGCGGCUGUGCUUGCACACAUCAGCUUGACUGGCAGUGUCAGUCCAGGAUGUUCCCCGAGCCACUGUUCACCUCACUCUCCCACAGCUGAUUCUAGAAGUAAAAUAAGUUGCCUAGCUAAAGUAUAGGUUGCGUAAUUAUUGAAAGACAUCAUAGCAAAGAAAC